AUGGUCAAGACUCUCGCCGGCGCCCUUGCCCUCGCGGCUCUACCCUCGGCCCUCGCAUUCCGCAACACGUCGCCAUUCUUCCUCUUCUCUACGGCCGACUUGCUGGUCCCAAACAAUGACGCCGCCAUCGCCGCAUCAUCGGACGUCACCGCCGACGUCCUCAAAGCUCUCGAGCACUGCCCCACCAAAUCCUACCUCGUCGUUGAGCAGAGGGGCGUCGCCGCUGCCGACUACGCUGAUGGCCGCGCUGCACCCCAGCUGAGCAGAUACAUGGCUGGCAAGCACGCUGAGGUCAAAUCGACUGUCGCUAUCCCCGACAUUGCUGGCAGCAUCGACACGAAAGCUAUCACGGAGCACCUUGUGACCAAGUGCGGAAAGGGCUACAACGAUGACGACGUGUGGUUUGAGAGGAAGACAUUCGCAGCGCCGCCUACAUCCAAGGCGCUUCGCAUCGAGCAGCUUCAAUCCGAUGAUGCGACACUCGAGCAAUUUAUCGUCAAUGACGCCAAGGCUGACGACUACACCGUCAUUUACAUCACCACACCUCAGACUGAGUCGCAAGCAAAGGAGUCUAUCCAACAACAGUACGAGAUGGACAUGCCCUUCCCAGACGCUGUCCAGAUGGAGCUCAAGCGCGACCUCUCCUCCCACGCUAAGCGCGCCAACUCGACCAACAGCGGCCUGUUUGAGAGGUACCAAUACUUCACACCCGGCAUCUUCAUGGGCUUUGCUGCCAUCAUCCCGCUCUUCCUGAUCCUGCUUGUCGGUAUCCGGGCCCUCACCAGUCUCGAGGUUUCAUACUUUGCCUUUAGCAAGGAGAUGGGUCCAAAUGCCCAGAAGAAGCAGUAG